AUGGAUGAUGUAGCCACUCCAAACAUAGACCCUCAAGAGAUACCACGAGGUGAAAAGAUGAGUAAAUCUGAUGAUAAGAUUGCUUUGCCAAAAAGAAUCUCCGAACCUGGUACAAAUGGAGGCGUAUUGGAUAGAAUUAAUAAGCGCUCCAACCUGAAGUUGGUUGGUACAGUUGAAAACGUUUUGGGCAGAGAAUUAAAGAAGCUUGAAGAUUCAUUCUUGGCUCCGGUAAUUAAGAUGGGAAGGAGGCAGAAGCAUAUGGUGUUUUCAAGGCAUUUGAUUCAUCACUUACUCUUAAGAAGAAUUGAUAUAGGCAAGAAGGGUUUGUGGUUUUCUUUUGGAGAACAACUAAUGAGAUUUUCUCUAAGAGAAUUCCACUUGGCAACGGGUCUGCCUUGUGUUGUUGACAAAGAUGAAGAGGAAGUGGAGACUUCAGCAACAAAAAACAAGAAAAAAGACCCAUGGAUGAAGAAGAAUCAAACUUUAAACACCUUGCUUAAUCUACUUGUGAAAAAGAGUACAGAGCUUACUGCUGAUCAGAGAUUAAGGUUGGGAGCUACAAUCCUUGUGGAAGGGAUAUUAAUGGCAAGCAAUCCAGUGACAAGUAUACCAGAAGAGCGUCUGCUUAGAGCUAGAAAUUUCAAAGAGUUUUGCAAGUAUCCCUGGGGGAAUUUGGCCUUUGAUUAUUUACGAAAAGAAGUGGAGAGCUUUACCUAUACAAAGUUGACGGAGAAAGAUCAAUAUGCGAUUUGUGGCUUUAUAUAUCCACUUCAGCUAUGGGCGUUAUCUUCUGUGAAUCAACUAGGAACGUUCUUUGGUAUUAGGAAUGAUGAAAAUCAGUUUCCCUUGUGCUUGCAUUGGAUAGAAACCAAAUCGCUUACUAUUGAAGAGGUUAACAGAUUCGACAAAAUGGAGAAGGUAACCUUUUAUAAUGUUUUAUAAAACUGUUUUAAUCUUUGCAUUCUUCUUUUAUCGAUUGUUUGAUCAUAU